AUGUUUUGUAGAAAGGAUGAAGGUUGUGAUUAUGAGGAAUUGGAAAAAAGACAGACGCCAUGUUUGUGUAUAUCAAAGAGAUAUAUUGUAGCUCUGAUGGUUUCACUGGGAUAUGUUGGGAUAUACACUGCCAGAAUACAAAUGAGUAUAGGAAUUAUUGCAAUGACUACAAACAAUACACACGUAGGAAAUGGGAGUUCCUCUUCUGGUUAUGGUACACGGUUUGACUGGAACUUACAAGUACAAGGAUAUGUAUUAACUGCUAUUUAUUGGGGCACAGUGAUAACACAAUAUCCAGGGGGUCUCCUAGCAAAACGAUUUGGAGGUACUGUAAUAUUUGGCUUGGGUGUACUUGGGACUGCACUGUGUUCCUUAAUAAUUCCAUGGGCGUCAACAUGGGGAGUAUAUGCUGUUAUUACCAUUCGAUUUCUUCAAGGAACUUUUGAUGGAGUUACAACCCCUGCUACGAUGGAAAUCUGGACACGAUGGGCCCCUGUCCAGGAGAAAUCACAGUUGGUAUCUUUGGCAUCCGUUGGAGUAUACAUGGGGUGCUUUUUUGGUUUGUUUGUGUCGGGACUAUUAGCAGAAACUUCCCUGGGAUGGCCACUUAUGUUUUACUUCUUUGGGGGAGUGUUUGUUGUAUGGUAUUUACUCUGGUAUAUCUGUAUAUUUGAAUCACCGGAAUCACAUACAUCAAUCAGUACAGGAGAACUGGAAUAUUUAAAGAAUAAUGCCCCACAUUAUCUAGAUAUUGAAAAGAAAAGUCACAAAACACCAUGGUUCUCUAUUUUAACAUCGAUGCCAUAUUGGUCAUUGGUCAGUGUUCAUUUUGCCAUAGAUUGGGGAUUAUUCAUGUUGAUGACAGACAUUUCUACAUUCAUGGACAAUGCGCUGCAUUUUGAGAUAAAGCAGAAUGGUUUGCUGGCAGCUUUACCAUAUUUGUUUAUGUCUGUGAUGGUGGUUAUAACGGGUCGGGUGGCGGACUGGCUGAUAAACAGAAAAAUUUUAACCACAACUCAAGCUAGGAAACUUCCUUUAUGUGGAGUUCCCUUAUUGAUGUGUAUAAUUAUGAUAACAGCGGGGAUUUAUAGUCAGUCGGCAUUGAUAACUGUUAUAUGCCUAUCUGUAACGCUUAUCUUGCAAAGUGCAACUUGGAGUGGUGUAAUUGUGAAUUUCUUGGACUUAUCUCCGAACUAUUCCACUGUUUUGGUUGCCAUCUCAAACGCUUUGGCGUUUCUUGCCGGUGUCGUGAGCCCGGGUCUAACAGGUACACUGGUCAAUCGCGGCGGCAGAGAAGCAUGGAGUAUUGUGUUCUAUAUAUGUUCGGGCUUAUAUCUGGUCUCAUCUGCCCUGUAUGGAAUAUUCGGAUCAGGGAAAACACAAUCAUGGGAUUCAGAAACAGAUGCCGUCUGUGAAGAAUGA